GGUGUCGGUGUUUCUUUUUACCGAGGUUGUCCGUGUCGUGAUCGUCUUUGUUCUUGACUUCAUCUUUCUCCGUGCCAUUGAAACAGCUCAACUACGAUAACUUGAUUGGCUUUUCACAGCUAUCCUGCACAUCGACAAACUCACACAGCAAGCUUUUGCCCAGCUCUUGUGGUCAAGCCAAUAUAUGAGCGACCACAAUAGUCCCAAGGGAACUCGACCAAGAGCAAGACUCGCCCAGAACCACCGCGUCAACAAAUCAAGAAAAUCAGCAGACAUGUCGAAACUCUCCGAAACCCUCAAGGGACUCGUCAACGCCGCCCACGCCCUGCCAGGCUACCUCAAAGCCCCUCCCCAAAUCCGCACAACAUACAACCGCAUCGCGUCCAGUGCCCAAGAACACGGCGUCGGCAUCCCCGCAUGGUUGACCAUGGCCACCGCCACGACCAUGACCAUGAACUCCCCUGGCUCCAUGGUCGAAUUAUACCACCUCACGCAAUCUCUCCCGUCGCCGCCACCGCCAGGUGAAACGGCCGGACUCAUGCGCGAAGUCGGCCUCAAAUGUAUCUCAUUCAACGGCAUUCCCCGCACGAUCAACUGUCUGGGCGCUUUCCGCGAGGGCAUGCCCAAGGACGUCUUCGACAGCAUUCCGCCCUUGCCAUCCCGGAAACUCGACUCCAACAACGUCUCCGAGUCCAUGGCCCGAGGCCGCGCGCUUUGGGACAGCGUCUACAAGCCCUUCGAAGGCAAGCUCCUUGACAAACUCGCCCAGAGUCACCCUAACUUGCCCGUCCAUAUCCUUUCGGGCCACUACUCCAACUUACUCUCUGACCCACCGACCGACUCGCCCAUCCGGGUCGGCCGUAUUCUGACCUCCCUUGUGGCCAUCGCUUGCUUGCGCACUCAGACCGGCGUCGGCCCUCAGGUGACGAGCCACUUAUUUGGCCUGCGGAAAGCAUAUGCCGACGGAACGGCCGAGAAGGAUGUCGAAGGCGGUGAAUGGUUGGCCACUGAUGAAGGGAAUCAAUGGAUUCUGAAUGCAAUUGACGAGAUCGUGCAGGGCCUCAGUCAAGGACGAGGCACGACUUUUGCCCCAGGAAUGGCCGCCGACAACCUCAAGGCGAAGCUAUAAAACGCCUAUUCGAAAUAUGGUAUGUAGUUGCAUAAAAGGUGUGUUUGUCGGGAUGUGAAGGAUAUCCCGUCCGCAUGAUCUGAGCUCGCAAGGGAUAUAAAUGGCCGUCUAGCAGAGCGUCCAACUUACACCUCAAGUCAUCGUGUGAGAAAAGCAUGUAGAAAGAUAUAGGACAGCAAAUAAACCGGAACCUAAAA